AUGUCGAAGGGAACCGCCUUGCUCUUUGCAGCUGCCGUGUCGAUCGUGGUCUUGGCCUCGCAAACCGUGGCUGGCAUGGGCAUGACACCUGUAUCACUGGCGCCGGACACCGAGCACAAUGAGAUUGUCUACUCACAACAUCCCAUGAACACGUACACCAUGAAUGUGACCAAUGGCAAGAUUCGCGUCACGGUGAUGCCUUGCCUGGGCAAGGUGAACUGGACGCUGACAGCGCCCAACGGCGAGAUUGUCGAUGGACUGUUUUUUACCGCUGAUCAUGUUCACCGACCCGUCGUGACGCAUGCUGGUUCUAUCAGCAGCCUCAACUUUGAUGAGACGGUGGUCGACUUUAGCAACCUGGCGGCAAUGAACGGCAUCUACACCAUCAAGCUCUACAACAUCUAUCAGUCUGGCGAUGCCUCCUCUGGUCAUCACAUGGGUCGUCGCGAUAUGGCCAUGGACAUGGAGGACACGGGCGCAACCGUCAACAUUGAGAACGCGUCUGUCACCAUCUACUGGUCUGAGGAGCCCCAGCUCAACUGGCCCUACCCCGAGUUGCCUGAUGAUCCAUACGUCGAUAUGGAGCCCAGUGGCACAAACUCUUCGCAGAUCCUACUGCGCUGGGAUGCCAGCCCAAACCAUGGCGAUGACCUCGAGUACUGCAUCUACGGCCACGCCAUGGGUAGCAUGAUGGCCCACUACAUCCAUGCGACACCAUGCAGCAUGCACAUCGUCGAGUCUACUGGCGACAUUGAUCGCUGCGUGGGCCAAGAUUUGCACGUGUACAUCGAUGGCAUCCCAGCUGGUGCCAUGUACAUGGUGGACAUUGUAGCUCGGUACAAGAGUACAGGCAAGGCAACCGCCUACUAUGGCGGCGUCUGGACCAGUGAGGCUGAGAGCAGCCCAGGAAGUACCGCGAGCCCAGACACUCAGGGCAGCCAAGGCGAUGAUAGCAAGGACGUGUCCUUGGCCAUUGGCAUCACCUUUCUCGUCACCUUCCUCGUAGUUGGUGUUGUCGCUGGUGUGGCCAUCAUGAUGGUCCGAAAGCGGGGCCAAAAUGAGGUUGGCAACAAACCUUAUGAGAUGAACGUCAAGGGCGUCACGGCUUCAGCAUAG